AUAAUUUGGGGGAAGUAUAUAAUCGGUGCCUAAUCACUGACAGCUGACAGUUCUAGCAGCCGCAGCAGCAUCCCAAUUACCUUAGGAAGCCAGGGAUUUGGACACGAACAGGUCGGGGACAUGACAAAGUCCGCAGACUAAAGGGAGGCUGGACCACAGAGACCCACCUCUCCUGCCUGACCUACCGCCAGCACCAGGACCCAGGCCUAGGGCCCUUUUCUCAGACACUGUAACUUCCCAGGAGGAUCGCUGGUCCUGAAUCCUGCAUCUCGUCCAGUGUGGGCGCCAGACUGGGGUGGGGAUGGAUUGACAGCUAACUUGGUCCUGCUCUUCCAGCAUUUCUCCAGCAGUGGCCGACGUCACCCUCCGAGUCUUUCUCUGGACCACACAAACCCAUUCAAGCAGGAGAGGCCCUUGGGCUCCAGCACCAGGUCCCAGAGCAGCAACAGUUAACCCAAGGGCACCAUGUGUGCCUCGAGGCUCUACACCUUGGUGCUCGUGCUGCAGCCUCAGCGAGUCCUCCUGGGCAUGAAGAAACGAGGCUUCGGGGCCGGCCGGUGGAACGGCUUCGGAGGCAAAGUUCAAGAAGGAGAGACCAUCGAGGAUGGAGCCAAGAGGGAGCUGCAGGAAGAGAGCGGUCUGACCGUGGACGCGCUGCAGAAGGUGGGCCAGAUAGUGUUUGAGUUCGUGGGCGACCCCGAGCUGAUGGACAUGCACAUCUUCUGCACAGACAGUGUCCACGGGACACCAGUGGAGAGCGAAGAAAUGCGCCCCCAGUGGUUCCAACUGGACCAGAUCCCCUUCGCUGACAUGUGGCCCGAUGACAGCUACUGGUUUCCCCUCCUGCUUCAGAAGAAGAAGUUCCACGGCUACUUCAAGUUCCAGAGUCACGACACCAUCCUGGACUACAAGCUUCGCGAGGUGGACACAGUCUAGGACAGAGCUGAGCUCGUCCCUCGGGCCAUGAGCACCCCUGCCCAGCCACGCUGUGGCUCCAGGCUCAGCACACCGGCCGGGCCUCCAGUCUGGCGCAUGAUUGGAUGGAAAGGAAAAUAAACCUCCUACUUUUUCAACAUUCCUCACCGGGCCUCACGAAGUCCCAUCCUCGGGGAGCUGCCAGACGUGCCUGGCUGUGACCUGCACCACCGGACAGAGAUGGGGGAAAGAGACACAGGCGCAAAAGGGGAGGGGACGGCUUUUCGGACGUCCCACGGGGGAGAACUGGUGUGGGAGGCCCGG